ACCAAACUCCUUGUUCCAUUGUUUUCAUAUUAUUUGUUUAAGAUGUCGUUUCUAACGAUUUUGUUUUUUGCCUCUGCUUUUUAUGUUACCCAUGGCUGGCAUGGUUUUAUAAAUUCAUGGAACUUCCCACCAAUACGUGGAGUACCAGACUUGAAUCCAAGAGAUGUGAUUGAAUUAUCAACGUAUCAAGAGCAAACGAACAAGUUCUUGGAAGAUGUUGGCACAGCAAUAGACACGCACAUAAAACCGUUACUGUCUCACGUGAGUGAGGAAAAACAGGAAGAAUUGAAGACAAUGGGAUUGAAUGAAGUCGCUAGCUAUAUUGAUUUUAUCACCGAGGCCACACUCCCCUUUUUUGGUUCAUCAAAUGGCGAUAAUAAUAAUAAUCAACAGCAGCUACCCUUCCAACCCUUGUUCCGAGUCCUUGGAAAUCAUGCAAACAGAGUCUCGAGAGCGUUUAACGAGUUAUUAGGAAACAACGACUCAAACUCUGCCGGUUCAAACUCCGAAUCUAACUCAAGUUUAAACCCAGGAUCAUCAAACCACAACAACAAUAGCGCAAGCAAUUAA